GGCAGCAAAAUGCAGGGAGAAUGUGUGAGACAUAAAUAAAAACCAUAAUAUCAAACGAAAUCAACAACUUUUCAAAAUGAAGCGCAUAAGUGACAAGAAGCUGGAGGCUUUUACGGUUGGCACAUUUUCCAAGCGGCAAUUGUCCAAAAAAGAAAUUGAAGAACAAAAGAAGAAGGAAGAUGAGGCAGCUGCGGCACAUGCGUUUAAGGAGUUUGUGGAGACGUUUCAGGAGGCGCCAACUGCCUCCUCCAAGGUGUGGGUUAAGGCCGGUACCUAUGAUGCGGGCUCCCGGCGUGAGGAUAAAAGUGAGAAGGGCAAACUGUACAAGCCGGGCUCCAAGCUGAUUGAGAAGAGUGCCUCCGAGAGGGCGGAAGAUUAUGCCAAACUCUUGGCCUCCGAUCUCAAAAAGGAUCCGGCACCAUUGAAAAAGAAGAACCAGGAGAAGAAAAAGAGUAAUUUGGAACUGUUCAAGGAGGAAUUAAGACAAAUACAGGAGGAGCGUGAGGAGCGGCACAAGUAUAAGCAUAUGGUGGUGCCAAGUGCGCCAUCCUCUUCCUCCCAGCAGCAGCAACAACAGCAGACGCAGCAACAACAACAGCAACCCUCAUCGAGCAGUUCGCAACAGGCGAACAGUGCUCGAGAUGGUGGUUCCUUUGACACGGGUGAUCCUAAUACAACCAAUCUGUAUUUGGGAAAUCUAAAUCCGAAGAUCUCGGAGCAACAACUAAUGGAAAUUUUCGGUCGCUAUGGUCCGCUGGCAAGCAUCAAAAUCAUGUGGCCCCGCUCCGAGGAGGAGAAGCAACGUGGUCGCAAUUGUGGCUUCGUGGCGUACAUGAGCCGCAAAGAUGCCGAGCGUGCACUGCGCACCCUUAACGGUCGCUACAUCAUGGGUUAUGAGAUGCGUCUGGGCUGGGGCAAGACGGUGCCAAUUAUGAAUACGCCGAUCUUUGCGCCACAGGCACUGCUGGAGUUGACGCUGCCUCCGCCGCCAUCGGGUAUGCCCUUCAAUGCCCAGCCACCGCCCAGUGAGGCGAAUACGCUGCCCAAAAAGAACUACAAGGAUUACGAUACCAUCGAGGACAAAGAGAACAUGGAGCGGAUUCUGGGCAAGUCCGUGGUGAAAGUCUUCAUACCGACGGAAAAAUCAGUGCUGAAUAUCAUACAUCGCAUGAUCGAGUUCGUGAUACGUGAAGGACCCAUGUUUGAGGCGCUGAUCAUGAGCCGCGAGAUGGAGAAUCCACUCUUCUCGUUCCUCUUCGAUAACGAGAGUCCGGCGCACAUUUAUUACCGCUGGAAGCUCUACUCUCUGCUGCAGGGCGACACGCCGAGCGAGUGGCGCGAGCAACAGUUUCGCAUGUUCAAGGAUGGGCCCGUGUGGACGCCGCCCAUUGCCAAUUUCUAUACGCAGGGAAUGCCCGAUGAGCUGGUCGUCGAUCCCGAUGCACCCGUUGUGCACAAGGGUGCCUUAUCUAAUGCGCAACGUGAUCGCCUCGAAGACUUGAUACGACAUUUGACACCGGAGCGCGCUCGCAUUGGCGACGCAAUGAUAUUUUGCAUUGAGCAUGCCGAUGCCGCCGACGAGAUUUGCGAAUGCAUUGCCGAAUCGUUGGCAAAUUUGAAGACUCCCGCUUCCAAGAAGAUCGCUCGUCUAUAUCUUGUUUCCGAUAUUCUACACAAUUGCACUGUGAAGGUGUCGAACGCUUCGUUUUUUCGCAAAUCUGUGGAGAAACAAUUGCUGGAUAUAUUCGAGAGCUUGCAUACCUAUUAUUUGGGUAUAGAGAGUCGCCUGAAGGCGGAGGGAUUCAAGACGCGAGUUUGCAAUGUAAUACGCACCUGGGAGGAGUGGACAAUUUACCCAAAGGAUUUCUUAUCCCAAUUGCAUGCGGUAUUCUUGGGUCGAACGGCAACCUCACCGGUCCAGGCAGAUGAGUCACGCUCCGAGGAGGCCCUCGAUGAGGACAUAGAUGGAGCACCACUGUCGGGCGAGGAGAAAGACGAUGAAGAUUUGGAUGGUGUGCCGUUGGACGGUGCUGCAUUGUUGAAGAGUGCACUGAAGCUAGCUCUACCUGAUGCCACUGCUCAACAGCGAGAUACACCCAAGCGGGAGCAGUAUGUUGAAGAAAUCGAUGGUGUUCCAAUGGAUGAUGAUCUCGAUGGUGUGCCCAUGGAGCAUGUACAGAAAGCCGCAGACAGCAAGUCGCAUCCAAAAAUGCCCGGCUUUAUACCAUCCAAAUGGGAAACGGUUGAUCCCACACAAAUUGAGGCACAGGCCAUUACGACUAGCAAAUGGGACACAUUGGAUCCACCGGAUCCGCCCAAGUUCUUCAGCUCGGACGAGGAGAGCGAUGAUGACAAUUCACAGAAAUACGAUGACGAGAAGCGUCAAAAGUUACGUGAAAUCGAACUGAAAGUUAUGCAGUAUCAGGAUGAGCUUGAGUCGGGCAAGCGCCGUCUGGAAUCCGGCUGGACACUGCCCGAGCAAGUUGAAUAUCAUCGCAAGCGUUUGCUCAAGCGGAAUUCACCUGUGGGAUCUGUGGACUCGCCGCUGAGCUAUAUGAACACCAAGUCGAGGAGUUCACAGCGCAGCGAGAGUCCCGAGGGCCGACAUGUUCUCGGUGGCCACUACAGCAGCAGCUCCCGUUCGAGUCCCGGCCUGCGCACCAGCCGUAAACGCUCCCAUUCACCAUUCAGUGGCGGGGAGAGCAGCAGUCGCAGCAGCCGAUCUGUUAAGCGCAAUCGUUCACGCAGUCAAUCAGAUUCACCCAAACGCUACUCAGACGCUACGCGUCCAGGUGGUCGCUUAUCAUCACGUAGAUCUCCAUCUCCGGUGCCUGCCUCCGGUUACAGUUCGCGUGCGGCUCGACGAGGCAGCGUCUCGCCGCCAGCUCGCCAUCGUUCGGACAACAACAAGCACAAGCACAAACAUCGCCAUUGAAUAGUUCAUACUGCGUAUUUUCAUAAAGUAUAUAAUAUUCAGUGUAAUUCAAUAAAUUGAAAUGGCUUCUACAAAUAAAUAAAAUUGUAUGAAAAUGGAAA